AUGGCCCCCACACCACCGAGGACGCCUCCAAAAGACGCCUCCGACGGGCCACAGUGGCCAAAAGACGCCGCCAACGGGCCAGAGGUGCCAAAGGAGGCCCCCGGGGCUGAGGAAGCCAGCAAGGACCUUGCACAGCCGGCGGGAGUCAUUGUUGGAGCUGUUGUGUCACCCACCGCAGGUCCAAAGGCCGUCAGACCUGGAGAGGGAGUCGUCAGACCUGGGACAGAAGUUGUUGCAACCAGGGCGGGAGUCGUCGCCGCACGCAAGGAGGUAGCUGCCUCAGAGAAGAGAGUCGUCCCCCAAGACUCUUUCUGGCCCCUCAGCUCAUGA